AUGUCAGUGUGGCAGGUCGACCUUCCGACGCUCGACCGGGUUGCUGUCCCGAAAUGCAGCAUCGAGACACCGAGUGCCCGGCAACAGACGCAACGACGGAGCCGCCACAAGCUGCGGGGCAGCGCGACCGAGGUGCGCCAAGAGUUUGAAUUGCUCUCGCUCGAGGCCGACCGACUGCGCGCUGCGUACACGGAGACGCAAAAGGCCAAGACGCAACGCGCCUUGUGGACCAAGAAGCUCCUGAAGCAAAGCAUUCGCGCCAACAGCCGCCGCAUCGACGACCUCUUGCGCGAUGUGCGCUUCCUCGUGACGACGACGCUGCCACGUACGGUCGCCAGCAAUGUGCCCACGUGGCGCAACGCUGCCUUGUCGCAGGAUCCGCCGCUGCGCCGCGCAGGCGCCGCGUGGAUGAUGGACUUUCUGUACGACGCCGUCGACAAGGCGCUGGACGCAGCGUGCUUCCCCGUGUCCCGCAAGCCAUGGCUCGCUUCGACGACCGAGGCGCUCGGGGUCUCGUACCGAGCGCGCAUCGUCAAGCAGCACAUCUUGCGCGCCCACCCGAGUACGAUCAUUGAGGCGUACAAGCGCCUGCCGAUGUUGUCGGUGAUGGAGGUGCAGACUGUGCUCUUCAAGGAGCCGCAUCCCACGGUCUACUACUCCUCCGUCCAGCUUGGCAACGGCAGCUGCUACAGCUACGUCACGCAGUUUCGGUGCGAGGAGCACCGCUGGCUUCUGCUCACGCAGGCGAUCGAGGACGACCCGACCGUCACGAUUGGCCCGCUCACGUAUAGCUGGUCCAGCUGGAUCGUGGGCACGCCUCUCUCCGAAUGCGAGACGCUCGUGCAGGAGGGCUGUGACUUUACCGGCUCGCGGCGCGACGGCGAGCUCUUGCCACUGCAGGAGACCAGUCGACUCGUUCGGUCGCUUCACGAGCGCAACGAGCCCGAGCACGUCUGGAUCGACAAGCUCGCGGUCGCGCAGACGCGGCAGUUCCAGGCCAACCACGCCCACGACAUUGCUCGCGUUUCCUGCCUCAUCACCGACAUUGAAGCCGAAGCGAUAUUGGCGGCGACGCGCGAGGACGAAUGA